AUAUCCAUUUUGGGCAACUGAAGUGUUUUUCCUUUGUAUAUCCACCACAACCAUGACCAGCUGGACUCCUCAACCUUAGCAUUAUAUUUCGGGGGGAACUCCAGUCCUGGAGGGCCGGAUUCCUGCAGUUUGGUGACUUUUCUGCUUAAAUCAUUAAACUCCUCAGAUGAAGCCAGGUUUAGCUGGAAUGUUCACCAAACUGUGCUGGACUCCAUUUCUCAGUUCCCCACCCCGUUAUAUGUAGUUAAAUAACAGCUUUAAGUAGGUCUGCCACCUGUCCGAGUUCCCUGGAUUAUCCAGGUUUUUGCUUGCUUGUCCCAGUUAUUUUCAUAUGUUGUGAAGUUUGAACUGCUUCCUUUUUCCCAGCCAAACAUUUUGUAUACAAAGAAUGAAUCUGAUUAGUUCAGAUCGCCCUCAGUGCUGGGACAGUUGUUUGGGAAUGGUGCACUGCUGGUGACCUCAGUGUGAUGACUGAGAUUCAGUCUGUCUGCCUCAGACUGCAUUGUGAGAAAUGCUGCCCAUCCACUGAACUGAAUAAGAAAUCAAGCCACUGAUUGAGCGUCCAGGAGUUUUAAAGGGCUGAGGUGGCAACCCUGCUCAGCGGCCUUGGCUGGGCCUUCACUGUAGUUUGACCUUUUGUAACGUGGUUGUGAAACCAGUUGCGUAAUAAUGGUCCCGUCAGUGUUCGUUGCCUGAGGGCGGUUUAAACCAGGAGAAACUGCCUAACUAGUUUUGCAUAGGAACACAAUAUGAUCCCAUGACUAGGAGUGGCUAAACUUUGGCUCCUGUUAACAGAUGCUGCCUAAGGAAAUAAUAAUAAACAGUGUUUUCAUCACUACCAGCCCUACCAAACAGGAUACAGAAGAUGCUGACAUGUUUACCACAAAAUGAGAUGCUGUUGGCCCUUAGUGUUCCUGCUGCUCAUACAGAAAGUGUCUCUGCAGGACGUUCAAGCUUAUGUAGGUGAAACCAUCACCUUACCAUGUUUAAACAGUGAUAAGGCCCUGCAGGGUGAAAUCACUGUGUUCUGGAGAUUCAAAGACACCAUCACUGUGUACGACAUCAUCAACAGCAGAGCAUCGUUUGAUGAGCAGGAAGCAUCAUUCAGAAACAGAGUUGAAGGUUUUUCAGCUGAGUGGACAAAAGGAAACUUCUCCAUCAAACUCAGCAGUGUGACGAAGGCUGAUGGAGGAACAUACACCUGCUUCCUUCCUUCCACCAGCGCGCAAACGAAAGUGCAGCUGACUGUCAAAGAUCGUCCAGUUCCACCAACGGACAGUUACCCAAGAAACAGCGACGUCAGAAGAAGACCAGACCAUAUUUUACUUUUCUUUGCAUUUCUGCUGGGAUGCUCUCUGCUGUGCGCAUAAGCUUUGCAGGAGAACCUGUACUGUUUGAAGUACAAUCCUAUCUGUUAAAAGAGGAACAGGAAGUCUACAGAAUGCUUUGCCAAAUUUUGAAAAAGUAAAAUUGGAGCAAAAUUGGUCUCGCUGAAAAAGUAAAAUUACCGUAGAAUUAGAGUAAACCACAGAUCAGCUCAGAAAGAUCUGCAACAGAGCCACUGCUAAUAAAAAUAGUAGACUUCGAGAAUAAUGUCAUAAUAUUUUGAGAAUAAAAGUCGUAUGGUAUGAUAUUACAAUUAAAGUCAUGAUAUUGUGAGAAAAAAGGUCAUAAUAUUUUGAUAAUAAAAUCGCAGAAUUAUGACAUUAAAGUGACAUUAAUACCAGGAAAAGUUGCAAUAUUGUGGCCAAAGGCUUUGCAAAAGGAAGGAACCUCCUUGUGUUAAAUGAGGGGCGGUGAGGAGGUGGUAGAAUUUCACACAUAAAGAAAAGCUCAGUCUCCCUGUCUCUCCUGCACAUCAGCACCAGCCUGUUAUUAGUAUAAGAAACGGCUGAGCAGGAAACUGUUUAUUUAGAAUAAAGAGCCAGACGGACUCGGAGGAAACUGUCCUUUUGUUGAAGGAGAAUCGCAGGCAGGGUCAACUACUAUCGUUGGUUACACAUCCGCACCAUUUGAAGAGGUAGUUUAGUUUCACAGACAAUGAUAAUGAAAUUGAUCGAUCCACAGGGAGACAAUGAGUGUGUGGAACUCGAUGCGCUCAGGGAUAAUAUUAUACUGACGCCAUCCAGUCAGUAGUGAGUUUAUACACAAAAUAUGCAACCAGAAUGCAUCUCUGCUGGCUUACUGACUGAUGAUCUUAGAUUAUGUAAUCGGAAAAGCAGUGCUAAUUUGGAGAGAGUGACCAAAUGGAGCUGUACAGUUCUGAAGGAAAUGCAAAUAUAUUUUCAUGAGAGCAGGUUAUCGAGAAGGUUAUGGUCAGGGUGGCAAAUUAACACCAGCCUCCUCCCAAAUGCGUGCAGAUGUUUACAUCUGGCAGGUAGAUUUAAGAUUAGAUUUAAUUGUAAGACUUAAUGUAAUUCUUGGCCGUCUGCUUACUGUACUAACCUUCUAAAAUCCAUCAGUUCUGCCCUGUCUAAAGAUAUUCAACAGCAGUCGACAACAACAAAAGCACAGCCUCAUAAACUGUUAUAAUCAUCACCAGUGAUCAUCUUGAUCAGCCAAUGAGAAAACAUGCUGGCUAUUUCAAACAAUGCUAACUCUUUCAGUUACCACUGAUAGUUCUGCCCAAUUAGAGUAUAAUAGCUAGAACUUAGCUGGAAAUUCCACUGGUUUUACAAAAUUUCUGUAUAAUUCAGUCAUUCAAAGAGGUUUUGUGUGAACUGCGCCAUUCUAGAGGAACUCUUCAGAGCACUGAUGGAAACCGGACAUCUGAAAAGCUCCCUCACGAAAAGCUGUUAUAUAAAAAGGUUCCGAAUAUGCUGAAAGGUUUUAUUUUUUUCUCAAAUUUUCCCCCAUUUUCCCAAAAUUACAUUAAAAAAAUGCUUGUUCUCUGUUCAUUCUGGAUGGUAAAUAAAUUGGGCACAUUUGUAUUUGUAAACAUACAUCACUACCCUGGCAAAGAAACCUUCCCUACAAAAAAGUUUCUCUACAAUGAACAAUUCCAAACCACUUUGAAUGACUAAGUUAAACACUGAAUUAUGUAUGAAUUUUAAAACAUCGAUGGAAUUCUUCUUUUAAAGACCAGCUGAUAGCAGUACUGGUUCCAAACUGAACAGAAAUCAAAAUGAAACGCAUAAAAAGGAGAUUAUAUAAUGAAAGGUAGCAAAAAGACAUUAAAAAUACUGUUGUUGGAUGGGCAGAAUGAGUUUAUGUAAAGCAGGGGUGUCCAAAGUCCAGCCUUAGGGCCCAAUGGGUGUUUAAUAAGUGCUCUGCCAGCCAGUACGUUGCAGUUCUUCCUUUCACCAGAUGGUGGCAGUUGACCAGACCUGCAGUCUUAUUCAGUGAAUGACAUUUAGUCAAGACUACAGACAUAAAGCUCAAACUUAACACUGAAAACUGAUGAUUUUGGCGAGAUGGAAAAGUCCUUAUCAGAGCAAAUUCAGUAGUUCAGUAAAUUUUAACCCUAUAAGGUCGAACAAAAACUACACUGGGGCUACGCUGCGUUUAUUUGAUAUGUAAAGAACAUUAACUAACAAAACCAAACAUUUCUACAUGUUUGUUUAGUUUGUCUCACAAAUUAUAUUUUAACACCUGAAUAUGAUUAAUACAUCAGACAUGUUGCGUUCUUACUCUUAAACAGUUUAUUUAUUACAAGCGCUUAUCGAUCCAAACUAGCCAAAUCCAAAUAGCCACUGUGUUCUAAAAGCAGUGCUGCUCCCAGAUCAGCUGAUCUGCUUUACAAUGAUUUAUGAAUGUGUCUCCACCCCGCUGUGCUCAGCCUUAGCAGCUUUAAUGAAGGGUUUUAAUUUCUGCAUUAGGGCUUAGAAGAACCAAUACUGAGCUCUUUUGUGUACACUUUGUUUGCACUGUUAUUGAACUAUUUAUUUAUAUAUUUGUGUUUAUUCCAAAAGGGACAUAUAAACUGGAACGCAUCAUCAGUUCCUCAGUUGCAACUUUGAAGAUAUUUUGGUAUUUCAGGUACUCCUGACUGACCUGCCACUCUGACCCGUUAGGAUGUGCGAAAAUUGUGACUGGAAACCAAGUGAUCAGGUCAUCAUUUUAUCAGCUCCACUGACCAUAUAGGAGCACUGUAGUUCUACAGUUACAGACUGUAGUCCAUCUGUUUCUCUGCAUACUUUGUUACCCUGUUCUUCAAUGGUCAGGACCCCCACAGGACCACCACAGAGCAUUAGACACUCCUAUCUGGUUAACCUAGCGGUAGUGUCUAACAGAGUGGACCAUGAGCAUUACCACCGCAACAACGUCAGUGACACUACUAAGAAUGACCCACCACCCAAAUAGUGCCUGCUCUGUGAGGGUCCAUGGGGGUCCUGACCACUGAAGAACAGGGUAACAAAGUAUCAGAGAAACAGAUGGACUACAGUCUGUAACUGUAGAACUACAAAGUGCACCUAUAUAGUAAGUGGAGCUGAUAAAAUGGACAAUGAGCGUAGAAACAAGGAGGUGUACUGAAUGAAGUGGCUGGUGGGUGUGUAUGUGCUGAAAAACUUGAUUACUACCUAAAAUCCAAGUCUCUAUAUUAGAUUCCUUGAAGUCUGAUAACGGCCUUAGUCUGGUUUAAGAAAUUGGAGUCUGCAGUUUACAUUCUGAUAACUGCAGAAAUCCAAUAAUGGACGUAUUAUUUUUGUGCACUCUAUAUAUUGAAACCUCAAGUAUCGCCUGAUACGGAUACCAAUCAGAUAUUUUGUAUUUACACUUUUAAAAAUGAGCUAUUUUCAAUUGAGGGACUACAGUCAAGCACUUAAGGCUCUGAUAUAUAAUCCAGCAGUUUCUGCAGAUAUUAGCCUGAUGCCAAUAUGUGGUAUCGAACCAGUGCAAUCACUAAUUCAAGCCUCUCAUUCUUUAUGUGUAAAAGAGUUCCUGUGUGUUCCUAUGAAGACAAUGUUUGGCCACUUUUUAGAUUUUUAUCAUUGGUUUAUUUGAAUAUAAUGUAAUGAAGUUUUUUUUUUAUUUCAGAUGUGUUCAGUUACAUGUCAGAAAUAUUGUACAUGUGUAUUGUAUAUUCUUAUUUUUAUUAUUUUUUAUUAUUAUGUCAUUUGAACCUGGCAGCUUCCCUUUAUAUCAUGUGAAAAUUUCAUGAUGAUUGGACCAGUAGAAAUGCUCCAAAAUGGCUUCAAAUAAAAUCAUUUUUACAUUAAAUUACAUUAAAAGUUAGGAACGUUUUUGCCUUCUCCUAUAAAGUUACUAUUUUGGAGACUGUCUUAUUUUGUUCUACUGUCUAGUUGACGAUAUGUUCUAGUGCUAGAACGCUUUUAGGCAUGGUGAUCUGUGUGUGCACAUUUUUGAGGUAUUUAAAAAACAAAAACGAUGAAAACCCAGUCGCUCAUAUUUCUCUGAAAAUUCAAAAACGCUCCGAGACGAAGUCUCUCGAAAUUUAGGAAAAUGUAUAUUAUACUACAUUAUAUAUUAUGUAACCUUAUACAGUGAAGAAUCAAAGCUUUGCUAUGCAAAUGAAGGAAAAAUGACUGACUCUGCUUGAAAGUAUCUGAGGUAACCUUUCAUAAUAAGGAUAACAUCUCUAAACCACUUUCCUUAAUGUUUAAUGAAGCUGCGAUGGACAUUUAGAGCCCAAACUCAACAUCUCACAAAGUAAAACAUGGCUGUCUUUUAGCUGUGAGGUCUGCAGUGUAACUGAAGUAGUGCAGUACAGUGUAAUCGCAUCUCCGUGCUCUUUUCAGGGGCAUCAGUAAAUGUGGGCAUGACUGUAAAUGCCUCUUUAUCUUGUAUCUAAGCGACUCAUUCAGACUAACCUGUUCAGUAGUUCGUCUUUAUCUCAAGCUACUCUGUAUUCAUCUUUCAGUUCCACCUACCAGCACACGAGAGCCGUGUUCUGAAGAGCUUAUACCUCUUUUCUAAAAUGUGGGCUAGAAAUUUUAUAUGGCAAAUUAACCCUCAGUAACCUGCAGUUACUAUGUUCAUUUUUGCUAUACAUCAUCAAAUGUAACAGCGAGAUUACAUACUUGUGUAGAAAUUAAACUUGCAUUGGAUUCACAUUCUCUACUAGAAGGUUACAAUCUUAACAAGAUAUAAUGGAUCUUCUUCAUGCAAAACUAGACUGUACACACAGUUUUUCUCCAGUCUCAGCAGAAUUUUUGUUAUAGUUGACAGUAACUAAGGCUGGACAUGUUUGCCAUUUGAGGACUGUAUGUUUUGAUCCAAACCAAAGAACUCGCUGUGCGUCUGUAUUUGUGACCAUUCUUUCUUAAAGGCCAGAGCACACAGAACAGACAGUGUAAUGUUUGCAGACGACUUUACUUUGUCUAUAAAAAGAAUUGAUGAACCAGAAUGAAAGAAGAGAGAACAUUCUGGAUUCUCCCAGCACUCAGGGAUGGCACACCAAACAAACAGUCCUCGUGCUGUUUGUUGGUGUCUGUCCGCUUGGUGCGCUCUGGCCUUUAGCUUUGCACUAAAUAAAAUGAUGAACAAACUGAGCGAAAUGGAACAAAUGCUUGAUCUGAAGAUGUACAGACUGCAUCGCUGAUCAUUUCAGAAUAAAGCUUAGUGUGCUUUUGCGUGUGA